GUCACCCUUACUGUAACGUUUUUAAUGCUCAUUAAUGCAUCAUUACAAGCCGGUAUUGUAAACUUGCACAGGCGUGUUGCAGCAGGUUUGUCCAUGUUCGUUUGUGGUGAGUUUUUUCUUCUUGCAAUUGUUUUCAUUUCAAGCUGCUACUUAGUAAAUACGGUUAGCUUUCCCUCCUCCAUACGUAUUUUUUGAGUACCUGGCAACUAGUAGAAUCUAAGGUUGGCGCGAGAGCGAACGAGUGUGAGUGCGACACCUACUGGUGGGAGGAGUUUAAGUUGUAGAAGAAGAACUGCUGAACAGACAUGACUGAACGGACGAAAAGGAGAGAGAUGGAGAAUCAGAAUGUGUUUGAGGACCCACCUGCUCGACCAGAGAACAAGGCCGCACAGAAGACCAAAUUUAUCCUCCCUCACUGCAGUACAAUCAGAAUAGGCCGGGACAUGUUCAUUCUGGCUGCUACCUUAUACGUUGCUAUGUCAGUGCACAAUGACCUGACCUGCAGCAUAUCUGCAAUCAACGUUGUUGUAGAGAUACUAUUCAUCAUAGACAUCAUUUUCAAUUUUUGCAUCACUUUCAUCUGCAAGUCAGGCCAGGUAACCUUUCAUGGUCGACAGAUACACAUCCAUUACCUGAACACAUGCUUCACCAUCAACCUGCUGACAGUAUUGGCUGUUGACCUGCCCAUUGUUGUCAAUGCCAGCAAGAUGUCUGUGGUCUACCUGUUAAAAUAUGUGCGUCUGCUUCGUUUGGUCUUGCUCCUGCAGAAGAUAAACCACCAAUCGCAGUGUAGCUCAACGUUCUCCAUCCUGCUCAUGUAUGCUGUUGACGUCUGGUGCAUGGCUUGCAUUUGCUAUAUUAUUGUCAAGAUGCAUUCCUUCAACUGAGAUGUUGGUGUGUGCUGAGAAGAUUAUACCAGUUGUGAUCUUCCUGCAGGUGACAGAAGUCGGAGGAGAAGCUUUUGGAUUACGCUCGGCUGAGCUACAAGACCAUGGAUGACGAGAUGCACGACGAGAGAAGGUGCAGAGCAUGAAGAAGACUCACAAGCUGCUCCCGAUCUACAGGUUCAGAAACUGAAGAAGUAGAAAAGCCCGUGUUUGGGGGGCUUUUUUCUUUCUUUUUUCUUUUCUGUUUCUGUUCUUCUCCUUCUAUGUUAAA